UGCGAAUAGUUGCAAUGAAAUAACAAAUGCGGUCACAUCAGUCUAUAAGGGCAUUUUUUAAUACUGUAGAUCAGUGGAAUAAACAGCCGAAAGGAUAUCAACAUACCAUUCGAUUAAAUCCAAUGUAGUUUAUCAUGAGAAAUGCAUGUCUGAUGCAACAACAACAAAACACAUGUAAAAGCAACCCUUCUAGAAAAGUGAAGAAUAUUCUAAACAUGUCUCUUUGACACCUGGCGGAUGGAAGGUGCAACAACAGAAUCAGCAGCAGACGUUUCCUUACAGCCGCAUUCUACGAGCCACCAGAGGCACAGAGGAGUGACUUGCACAGUUUUGAAAGCAAGCAGGGAAAAUGGCAGACGCCGAGGACGAGAAGCUACCGUCCGGGUGGGAAAAGCGGAUGAGCCGCAGUUCCAGUAGAGUGUACUACUUUAACCACAUCACCAAUGCCAGCCAGUGGGAGCGUCCGGUGGGGUCAGGUGAUGGGAGUGGCGAGCCAGACAAGGUGCGCUGUUCCCACCUCCUGGUGAAGCACAGCCAAUCGCGUCGCCCGUCCUCCUGGAGGGAGGAGAACAUCACGCGCUCCAAAGAGGAGGCCCUCGACCUCAUACAAAAGUACAUAGAGCAGAUGCAGUCAGGAGAGGAGGAGUUUGAGGCUCUGGCCUCUCAGUUCAGUGACUGCAGCUCCGCACGCAACGGAGGAGACCUGGGACUGUUUGGCAGAGGUCAGAUGCAGAAGCCCUUUGCUCUGAAGGUGGGAGACAUUAGUUGUGAUAGAGGUGUGUGUGUUUCAGGUCAGAUGCAGAAGCCCUUUGCUCUGAAGGUGGGAGACAUUAGUUGUGAGAGAGGUGUGUGUGUGUUUCAGGUCAGAUGCAGAAGCCCUUUGCUCUGAAGGUGGGAGACAUUAGUUGUGAUAGAGGUGUGUGUGUG